GUAGACUACACAGUAAACAAGUUGGAGUCGCAACGCUCAAAAACUAAAACACCCAAAGUUCGCCGUCAGCCGCCACCUGAAUCAGUUACAAACUUCUCCAUAAGGUUUUUCUCUUUUUUAAUUAAAUUAUUAUUAUUUUUUUCAAAUUUUCUUUCCCUUUCCAGUAGCGCGCAUUAAGACGCGAUUCUGUGAGAAUCGCGUCGCAGCAGAUCUCCACUCCUCACCGCGAUCAACAACAUAGCUUUCACCGCCCUUAAACCAAAACAUCUCAAUUUCCCCAUUCCUAUCUCUCCUUCAAUCUUCACUUCAAUGAAACAAAUCAACACUGAAUCCGUUUCCAGUUUAUCCACCCCUGAAAUCGAAAAAAAGUUCGUUCAUCACGUUUACGAUGCAAUUGCCCCACAUUUCAGUUCAACUCGUUUCGCCAAAUGGCCAAAAGUUGCUUCAUUUUUAUCAUCAUUACCUUCAGGAUCCCUUAUUCUUGAUGCAGGUUGUGGGAAUGGAAAAUACUUAGGGUUUAAUCAAAAUUGCUUUUUUAUAGGAUGUGAUAUUAGUCCUUCAUUGAUUAAAAUAUGUUUAGAUAGAGGACAUGAAGUUCUUGUUGCCGAUGCUGUUAAUCUUCCUUAUAGAACUGGUUUUGGUGAUGCAGCAAUAUCUAUAGCUGUGUUACAUCAUUUAAGCACCGAGAAUAGGAGGAGGAAAGCUAUCGAAGAAUUGAUUCGCGUUGUUAAAAAGGGUGGUCUUGUUUUGAUUACUGUUUGGGCUGUUGAACAAGAGGAUACAAAUUUGGUUACUAAAUGGACACCACUUGCUGAAAAAUAUGUUGAAGAGUGGCAAGGACCGGGGAGUCCACGUGCUCGGGUACCUUCAUCGGUUUCGUUGGAAAGUAUUCCGGAAAGUGAGGAGAGUAGUUUGGGUGGUGAGGGAGUCAAAGUUUGUAAAGAGGGUAAAGUUUUAGGAGAUUUGAAGGAAGAAAAGAAUGUGAAGAAUCAACAGGAGUAUUUUGUUCCUUGGCAUUUACCUUAUCAUCGGGCCGAAAUUAGCGGCGCCUCUGCUCAUGCUCUGGCUACAGGUCUUGCUACUAAAGAUGACAUAAAGGGUGCUGUAGUGUAUAACAGAUAUUAUCAUGUUUUUAGUGAAGGCGAGCUUGAAAGCUUGACAAAUGGAAUCACCAAUGCUAGAGUAGUUGAUCAAUUUUUUGAUAAAUCCAACUGGUGUAUUAUUCUAGAGAAGACGUCGUGACAAAGAAAUAAAUCUUAGUUAUAAGUCAGGGAACAAAACUUCGCUACCGCUCCCUUGUCCAACUUAUCAUAACUGAGUGAGUAUAGUAGGCAGAGAGUAGUAUAAAAAGGGGUCAGCUGCAGAACUCGGACUAUGUUGAUUCUCUGAGCAGUUUUCAACCAAACCAGGCUGCAGUCUUCACGCAAUUUCAGCUUAUUGUUUUUAUUAUUCUUCCUUUUUUUAUUUGUGGAACCCAAUUUUUGUUGUAAUUUGUAACAUUAGAGCUGGUGUUAUGGCUUAUGAGCGUGCUGGUGUUGUUGCUGGCUACUGUAUUUGCCCCAACAAUGCUGAAAAUCAUUUAGCCACCUUUACAAUAGGUGCAAUUACAAUGUUUCGGACAAUUUUUUUAUAUUUGGAUUGGAUCGGACAAUUUUUGUUGUGAAUUGCAUCA